AUGUCUACCCCCUCGCCAGCCUUAACGGCCAAGCAAACAGCGGCUCUCUUUAACAUCCUCACGCACCACGAAACAUAUGACGAAAUCGAAGCUCUCAAACAGCCCGAUACCAUCCUCAGCUAUGGCCACCCCUUCACCUCCGAGGCGCCAGUCGCCAACAGUAGUCCAAAAGGCAGCUCAAGGAACAGCUCGAGGAGCAAUUCCAAGGCGAGUGCCAAGAGCACGAGUCCCAACGGCAGCAUGAAGAGCGCCAAGAGCGCAAAGGCAUCUACAGAUUCCAUCGCCGCCUCGCCCGUCCUCCAAACCCUCCUUCGUCGCUUCCUCCUCACGCUGCCGGGCCUGCGCGAUCUUCCCGAGGAAUUCUGGAGCGGCGCCAUGGGCACCAGGAAGACCCUGGCCACGGCCUUUUCGGCCAUGAUUGAGUCGCUCGUCAGGGGAUGUCUCGGCGGGUGUCCGGCCAGCAGAGGCGCCAGCGACAAGGGGGAAAAGUACGAUCUCAAGGAUGCGAAGGAGCUCGAGAGGGCAUUCAACGACGUGCUGUACGGCGUGGUAUAUGGUGACUUGAUCGACGACAUCACCGUCCAUGUCGAGAAGUCGGCCGACCUCGAGGCGCAUUCGCCGAGAAUCGCAGCGGCGGUGGAGUAUGUCAUCUUACACUUGGCAACCCUGUUCCAUCAGGUCUUCAUCUUGUCGCCCGAAGGCGAGUACCUGCGAAAGCUCAUUGAGAGCGUCCACGGCAUGCUUCCGUAUGCUGUCAUCCGCCAAACAUUACGCAUGAGCAAUGCCGCUACCAUGAUGUCCGGGAUGCUGAAGCUGUUCCUUAUCAUAUCCGUCGUCACCGGCUGGGACAGCGCCGAGUUCAAGAAAACUCUGGACAAGAUCGAAAAGAGGGAAAACGCCCCCAGCAGUGACGUCCUCGCGGCCCUCAAAGCCCACGCCAAAGCCUCCGCCUCGGUUCGCGCUAGCGCGAGAAACGAAUCCCAAAAGUCAUCCCAAUCCAUCAUCACCAUCAUUCUCAACAAGUCCGACCCGGCGCUCGCCACGAAGCUCUCGACGGACCAGCACGCCCAAUGCCAGGAAUACUACGCCGCGCUCCUGUCGAUUCGCGACCGCGACGAGCUGACGACGGCCCUGUGUACGCAGUCGCCGGACCUCUUCACGCAGACGGUGCGCGACCUCGUCGGCGGCUUCGAGCCCUACAUCCGCGCCAUCCACGACAAGAUCGACCUGCGCGAGCACGUGCAGGACUACCGGAGCUUCGUCGACCAGUUCAUCGCCGCGAGCAAGCCGCAAGCGACGGGCGGCGCGGGCGCCGAGACGCGGCUGCCCUCGGUCGAGGACUACGUGGCGCUGCUGCGCAAGAACAGGCACAUGCUCUACCGGUGGAUGCACCACGGCGCGGCGCAGGCGCCCGAGGUGCGCAACGUGUUCAAGGGCUGGGCCAAGGAGGCGGUCGUGCACUUUCGCAAGCCGGGCGUCGAGGUCGCGGUGCCGGGCUCGUCGGCGCACGUCGAAGGCACCAUGGUCGAGAGCAUGGCGGACGCGUUCGCCGCGCUGUCGGAGGAGGUGCGGGGCCCGCUGCUGCCCGUCCUUGAUGCGCACGCCGGCCACCUCGACGCGCUCGAGGCGCUGUCCAUGGGGCGCAUGCAGCAGAUCAUCGACGGCGGGUCGUCGACCAUGGCGGGGCCGGGCAUCUUUCUCGUGUCGUGGCAGGCGCUGCUCGACAGCACGCUCAUCACGCCGGCGACGCCUGACGGGGCGGUGCGGCGGGGCAAGGAUGUGCAGAACAAGACGGUGGAGGGCAAGCCGGGCGCGACGGAUGAUGCUGGCGAGACUGAAGAGGACAAGGAGACGAGGAAGGAGGGCGAGGAGGCGCGGAAGAAGGUCUUGGGCUCGGUGCCCGAGGGUCCUGACGUGACGCAGGUUGUUGAGGUGAUGGGUGCUGUCUUCCGCAAGCUGAUUGCGGAUGCCGAGGGGGGCAGCGAUUCUGGCAGCGAUAUUUCGAUAGACUAG